CGGUCGCCUAAUUUAAUUCGCUAACGAACGAUCUUCGAUCUUCGCCGGAGUUACACAUCUUUCGAUACAUUUAAAUAUUUAAAUAUAAAUAUAAAUAUAAAUAUAAAUAUAUAUAUAUAUAUAUAUAUAUAUUGCACAGAUAUAUUCAUAUUUUUUUCUGGUUCCCCUUGUUCUUUGUUGAGUGUGUGUUGGUUGUUGGUGAUUAUGUGCCAGACAAUUGCUAUUAAGUACUGAGAGAAAAGUAAUUUGAAAGGCAAUCUCAAGAAAGGAUCCUGGUAGCAAGGAUGUCGCUGGCAAUUUUAGCCCUGAUUUUGGCAGCACUUUUAUCCUGUAAUGGGGUGGUGGUCCAGCCCACCUGCAAUCUCAAGGACAACUGCAACUUGGGCGACAAUCUCCUGGCCGGAGCAAGUUCCGCCUCCGAAUCCGGAGAUGUGUCCGCCGACAAGCUGGAGAGCAAAAUAGCCUCAAUUUUCGAGGAUAAGGUCAAUUAUAGUCUGAAGCUUUUUGCCGAUGAUGCGACCACCACGAUCCUCGAAUACCAGACGGCCAAUCUCAGUCAGCUGCAUGCCGCUCCGCCUGGAAAUUACACACUCCAUCAAAUGGAACACCUCUCCACCACCACAAUGGACGAUGACGAGGCUCAGGAGGUGGAGGAGGAUGAAAGGGUUUAUUUGUACAACAUUGGCAGGCGUUUUUUGGCGAUUACGCAACCAUUCGAUUCCGCCAGAAAUCCGGAUGCCUCGUCGUUGUGUCGUCGCCAGAUGCAUCAGUUUCUGAACGCCUUGGACAACUUCGAUCUGUGGGCACUGAAGAUGCACGAUGCCAGUGGCAAAAUAAACUCGGGCAUUUUGAAUGGCAACAUCAAUCAACCCGGCGAUUUUGAUCAAUGCCUGGGAAUUCAGCAGCGGAUGAAGGAUCAGGAUGCGGACAAGGAUCAGGGAGAGGACUCCAUUAUCCGUGGCCAGUAUUGCUUGGCCUAUGCUCAGCCAGUUCUGCCCCAUAAUUCGAAGCGAUUGCAGAGCUUCUUCAAGCUGAUCCAAUCACAUGGGCCUUUCAAAAGCGAGUUCAAUGACCCCGGCCAUCGAGUGCCCCGGUACUCGUUGAUCAACUGGGGUCUCUGCGUGCCCUCCGGCUGCUCCGCCCGCGAUGUGGAGUUCAGUGUGGCCGAGUUCCUGGCCAACCAGACCGCCUCCACCGGCAUCACUUUCAAUGUGCGCGUGGAGCCCCAGAUGUGCCAGGUGCGGGAUCUGCGACCCUGGGACCGCAACACCACCUGGGCAGUCCGCUUCUUCGUCCUCGUCCUCGCCGUGGCCAUCCUGUCCAGCAUCUACGAUCGAUCCACCAAGUCGCAGCCCAAGCAGAAUGCCUGGCUCACGGCAUUUUCGUUGGACAAGAACCUGCGCUGGCUGUUCAGCACGAGCAGUGCUCCGGGUGACAUUGAGGCGGUCCAUGGCAUCCGUUUUCUAAAUGCCAUCAUGUUGAUCUUUUCGCACAAGUCCAUGGCCAUGUUCUUCAAUCCGUACAACAACCGCACGGCCAUGUCGGAAAGUCUGGGUCAGCCGUGGACGGUGAUUGGACGAGCUGCAUCCCUGUACACGGAUCCCUUCCUGCUUUUCAGUGGCAUGCUCACGGCGUACUCCUUGUUCGGUCGUCUAAUGAAGCAGCAGCCCAUCAGGCUGAAGAACGAGUACAUAAGUCGGCUGAUGAGGAUUGUUCCGCCCCUGGCCGCCCUGAUCCUGUUCUGCACUUAUGUGUUGCCCCUGUGGGGCAGUGGACCCCAGUGGAACCUGGUGGUGGGCCAUCAUGCGGACAUCUGCAAGAAGAACUGGUGGCGCAAUCUGCUCUUCAUCCACAACUAUUUCGGUUUCAGCGAGAUGUGCUUGACGCACACGCACCAUUUGGGCAUCGAUACGGAGCUCUUUGCGGUGGCUCCGCUCCUCAUCCUGGGACUUUGGCGGUGGCCCAAAAGGGGUCUCUUCACCCUGCUGCUCCUCUGCACCGUAGGAACUGCGGCGAGGUACUACACAACGAUUGUCAACCAGUUGUCCAACUACAUCUACUUUGGCACCAAUAUCCAGCGUCUGUUCCGCACCGCCGACUACAUGUACUCGUUCCCGCCCCACCGCUCCACGGUGUACAUCAUGGGCAUCCUGCUGGGCUAUGUGCUGCGCAAAUACCAGAACGCCAAGCUGAGUGGCCUGCAGCUGCGACUCGGAUGGCUGGUGGCCACCGCCUGUGUUUUGGCCUCGCUUUUGGGACCCGCGCCCAUGGGCGACAUCAACUACGUGUACAAUUCCACACAUGCGGCUAUUUAUGCCGCCUUUGCGCCGAUCGCCUGGUGCCUGUUCUUCUCCUGGAUCGUCUUUGUCUCGCACAAUGGAUACACAAAUAAACUGACGAAGCUGUUUGCCUGGCGGGGAUUCCAGGUGUCCACGAAGCUAUCGUAUGCCAUUUACCUGACGCAGUUCCCCGUGUUCUUCUUUAAUGUCGGCCGAAGGCGUCACGUACAUCACUACUACAACUUUGUUUCGAUUAUUCUCGAUACCAACGAAUUCAUAUCGAUCUUCCUGGCCUCCGUGGCCCUGACGGUGCUCUUCGAUGCGCCCUUCCAGAAUCUGAAGAAGUUGCUCAUCAAAAGACCAUCUUCUGCAAAGGUGGCGAACAAAGAUAGUGCAGAUCCGAGUAGGGAUAAGCAGGAUGCGGCGACGACACCAGACUCAAAGCCCAGCAGCACUGCCCUCCUCCAACCACAGCAUCCACACUCCGAUUAGUCUGGACAACAAACAGUCGUCUUUCUUAGCUAUAUAACUUGUAAAAAUGUCUUAGCAUUUAGUGGCAAUAUGUUUAGUAACCCCAGCGAAAUUCCCACAACCCCCAAAUCCCAAUAUCCCAAAUCCGUCCCGAUCAACACCGCCCUUAGUUUUAGUGGAACGCUUUAUACAUUGUAAAUUGUAAUGUUAGUCAAAUGGAGCGACAAAUGAGAACCGAUUCGUAGUCAUAAACCAAUCAAUCACUGCUUGAUGUACGAUAUUAUCUUGCUUGCUAAACCGGGUUUCCAGAGGAAGUCACUGGAGUUCCCUCCCCCCAUUAAGGAGCUACUAUUCUAAGGGGUACCAGCUGAGACUCUCGGAGCCCAAGUUUCUUAGAAUACUUACGUUACCUUAAGCGAGGUCGAAUGUCAGUUUUUUUUUAAUCGUAAUUUAAUAAUACGAAAUAUAUCUAUGUUACAAAAA